AUGCUGCUCCUCAUCCUCCUGUUCUUCAAGGGGCUUGUCUGCCAUGGGGAAAGCACAGCAGACCCCCAGGCUUUAGGAUUGCACCAAGCAACAGCAGCAGAAGAGCGCCUCAUUUUCCAUGUUCUCCACAUUGCCUCCUUCAGGACCCACACCUGGGUACAAUUCCACGGCUCAGCCUGGCUGGGUGAUCUGCAGACUCACAGCUGGAACAGUACCACAGACACCAUCCAGUUUCUGAGGCCCUGGUCCCAAGGAGACUUCAGCAAGGAGGAGUUGAAGAAACUUCAGGCACUUUGCAAGCUGUACAUCCAUGGCUUCCCCAUGGAAGUGAACGCCUUUGCUGACCAGUUUCAGCUUGAAUACCCCUUUGAAUUUCAGAUGUCAGCAGGAUGUAGUUGGUAUGGUGGGCAGGCCUCAGAGAGCUUCGUAAAUGUGGCAUACCAAGGAUCUGAUUUCCUGAGUUUCCAAGGAGGUUCUUGGAAGCCAUCUCCAGGAGCAGGAAGUCGGGCCCAGAGUGUUUGUCAGAUGCUUAGUCACUACCGAGAUAUUAAGGAGAUAGUGCAGUACCUUCUCAGUAACAUCUGCCCUCGAUUUCUGGAAGGACUUGUUGCAGCAGGGAAGUCAGAACUGGAACAGCAAGUGAAGCCUGAGGCCUGGCUCUCCAGAGGCCCCAGCCCUGGGCCUGGCCGUCUGCAGCUGCUGUGCCACGUCUCUGGCUUCCACCCCAAGCCCGUGUGGGUGAUGUGGAUGCGGGCUGAGCAGGAGCAGAAGGGCACUAAGAGAGGGGACGUCCUGCCCAAUGCUGAUGACACAUGGUAUCUCCAAGCAAGUCUGGAUGUGGCGGCUGAGGAGGCCGCUGGGCUGUCUUGCCGAGUGAAGCACAGCAGUCUGGGAGGCCAUGAUAUAAUCAUUCACUGGGGCGGAAUCUCCAUUCUCUUGACACUGGCAUAUCUGACUGGAACAGUCGCUCUGGUCGUGCUUGUUGUCUUGGGCUCAUGGUGCAAAAAGAAGAGCCCUGCUUUUUCCUCGAAAGACAACACCCGAUGCCCCAGAAGUUCAGUCCAUCAGCUCUGCUUGUCACAAGAAUCAUGGGUCAAAACCAGAAUCCUGAAGUGGAAAAGAAGCCUAAACCAUUCCUGGUGA